AAGACCAAAAUUUACAAAGUACUAGACAAACAGCCUGUAUAUGCAGUGGGGCCUGACAUUCAACAAAGAUAUUCUAUGCCAUGUCUUGCCUGCUGGGCUACCAAACCUUUUGACAUAUCAACAAUGAAAAAACUAUUAGUGUUAUUUGAUAAUGAAUUCGAAAUAAUAAACUAUGUAAAUAGAAAUGGUGCAAACAAUAUACUCUCUUCAAAAAAUAACAGUAAUCAAAAUGAACAAGGAAAUAAAAAUGGUAGGAAUAGAAAUAAUGGGGACCAAAAUGAUGGAGAUAGAAAAGAUUAUGAAAAGAAUAGAGAUAUAAAUGAUGGAAAUGAAAAUAAAGAUAGCAAAAAUAGUGGAGGAGAUAGAAAUGAAGAAAAUGGAAAUGGUGGAGAUGAUUAUGACGAUGGAGGUGGCGAUAAAGAUGGUAAUACUUAUAUUCAAGUCUCAUCCAUAGCAAAGGCUAAACUUGAAAAAGAGUUUCAAAAGUUUGGCAUUGACUUAUUCAAUUGUGGGGUGGAUCAGAUGCUUAAUGAAAUUUGCAAGUUGUCUCAUGGUUUUGUUAGCUAUUAUAUUGACUCCAUCGAAAUUGGAGUCUCUUUACUUUUUUCUAAGUCAGAUAUUUCUCAACUUUUUAUGCUAAAAAAAGCGUAUAAUCCACAAAAUAUCAACCAAGAAAAUAUCAAACUUUCAGCAGGCCAUGAGCAAACUUCGGCAACUAUUAGAAUUGGUAAAGUACUUACCUCAGGUACAAAAUGCAAGCGUGCAGCAAUAUCAGAUGUAACAAAAUGUGAGAUUUGCCAAAAACUUUCUGCACCAAAUCCUCCUAAGCAAAAAGACUUGGCACUGGAAUAUAAUAUAUCUGAACAAGCAGUUUCAGAUAUUUGA